AAAAAAAAACAGAAGAAAAAAAGGCCUAAAUUAGAUAUAUCAACAGGUUGAAACAACUGUAUGCCUUUCACACAUCAUCAAUGAGUUGUUUCCUAUGAGAUGCAGUCCGAUGAUCUCUUUGUGCGUAAACUGCGCCAGCUGCCAGCACAAUCAUCCCCUCAUAAGAGUCCUCGUGAAGCCAAGUCUCUAAUUUCCUCAGGAAAUAGCAGGCAUAACGGUGGGGCACGUUCCCUUUCAGAAUCAGAGUAUAACCCUCGAGAUAAAGGGACUGCAAGUCCAUCUGCCCCACGUUUUAAAGAUCCUUUCAUACUGCUUGGGCUGGCAGGUAGCAGUCAGGGGCCAGUGGCCCUAGAGGUAAAAGAAAAACCACCUGAAGGAGAUCCAGUAGCUGCACGUCCUAAAUGUUUGGCUCAUCAUGACAUUCAGAGUAUAUUGUUCGAUCCCUUUCAAAGAAGAGAAUUGGAAGGGAAAAAGAAUGUGAGAAGUGGUGCAUCUGCAGCCUCUCAGCUUAGAACUUGUACUUUAUCACCCAGAAGAUCUUUGUCAUCCCCUGAAGAUCCAGGUGAUACUGGAGAUGGAAAGGACAAUGAACUUUUACUUAGCUGCCCAUAUUUCCGCAAUGAAGUUGGAGGAGAAGAGAAAGAAGGCCAAAAAGAUCAAGGAUGGGACUUUUUUUCUCUUUUUUCUUUCAACUCUCCACUUAUAAAUUGCCCAGUCAGGGGGCCCAAUGCAGCUGUAUCUGUGUUAGAAGAAGCUAGAGAAAGGUUGAGAGAUAGCAGCUACUUUGUUGAAUAUCAAGAUCUGGGUGCACUAUACUAUCGAAAGUAUUUUUAUGGCAAAGAACAUCAGAAUUUUUUUGGAGUUGAUGAGAGACUCGGGCCUGUGGCCAUAAGUUUGAGACGAGAUGAAAGAGAUGGCGUGCAAGGCAUGCAGUAUAACUAUAGAAUUAUAUUUCGAACAACUGAGUUGAAGACUCUACGGGGUUCAAUUCUAGAGGAAGCCUUUCCUUCAUCCAUUCGUUCUAGCUCUUCCAGAGCUAUAUCCCCCAAAAAACUGUUGGAAUACAUUGUACCAGAAGUCAACUUGCAAUGUCUGCGUUUAGCAUCCAGCUCACCUAAAGUGCCGGAAACUCUGUUAAAAUUGGAUGAACAGGGGCUUAGUUUUCAGAGAAAAAUUGGAGUUUUGUACUGCAAGAGUGGACAAGCUACUGAAGAAGAAAUGUAUAACAAUGAGACAGCCGGGCCAGUGUUUAAGGAGUUUUUGAGCCUUCUAGGGGAUGAAGUUAAACUUAAAGGAUUUGACAAGUACCGUGCACAGUUGGAUAACAAAACUGACAGUACGGGUACACACUCUCUCUACACUCGUUACCAAGAUUAUGAGAUCAUGUUUCACGUAUCAACAAUGCUUCCGUUUACUGCAAGCAAUAGUCAACAGCUACUUCGGAAGAGGCAUAUUGGUAAUGACAUUGUGACAAUUGUUUUCCAAGAACCAGGUGCCCUCCCCUUCACUCCACAGACCAUACGCUCCCACUUUCAACAUGUAUUCAUUGUGGUGAGAGCUCACAAUCCAUGUACUCCUUACACUAUCUACAGUGUUGCUGUAACUCGUACGGCUGACACACCACCCUUUGGACCUAUUUUGCCUACGACUUUGUUCAAUCGCUCACCCGAACUUAGAGAUUUCCUACUCUCCAAAGCCAUAAAUGGUGAAAAUGCAGCUGAGCGUGGUGGUAAGUUUCUGGCUAUGGCCACACGAACAAGAGAAGAGUAUUUAAAGGACUUGGCUCGUGAUCAUGUUACCACAACUACCUUGGAUUCUUGUUCCUCCAAACUAACCAUCUUGGGUCUUUCUAAGAAAAGGGACAGAGCUGGCAGCACAGGCCUUGGAGAUAAAAGCGGAAAAGGAGCUCGCUGGGCAUACAGUCUUCCGCCUGAAUUCCACAGUUCUGGUGCCCUUGUGUGGACAGUUAAAGCAACAAGUGUCUGUAUUUCUGAAGGUACCUAUAUGCUAGGGAUAUCCUCUGAGAUGGUGGUUUUAGUAGAUCCAAAAAAGGAGCGUGAGGGAACUGUAUGCUUCCAGUGCUCAUGCCGUGAUGUACUUGGAUGGACAUACUGCAACAAGGGGGGAUUGGACCUUUACUAUGGACGGGCAGGAAGAUUGUCUCUGUGCCCACUUGCUAACAGUGAGAGUGAGGUGGAAGAAGAAGUAAACCACAUUGUCAAGAGGCUGCAGGUUGUGUCAGGUGGCUGUGAGACCCGUGAAAUCCCAUUGCUAAGAAAUGGUCUUGGGCAGCUUGGAUUCAAUGCAGAUUCAGGGGGGUUUGUAACUGAAGUAGAGAGAUUCAGCAUGGCAGAAACUGUAGGACUUUGUCCUGGGGCAAGGUUGGUAGCCAUCUGUGGCCAACCUUUCUGCUCAUUGACCCCUGAGGAUGUUCGUAUAUUGUUUAUUCGUGCAAAGAAGGUGACUGUGACUACUCUGCCUCCAGAUGAAGCAGGAAAGCCUCGCAGGAGUUUCUCUGAGUUGUAUGUGCGGUCCCUGCAAGAACAGAGAAUCAUGAGGCCAUCGGAAGGAGACAUUGAAGAGAAGGAAGAAAUUAUACCAAGAAAAACAGAAUCUACUCCAGCAACCCAGAACAUUCUUCGGACCCUGUCUGUACAGGAGGAAAGGACGGACUUUAGGUUUAAUAGUGAUGAGUUGGCUCCUCCUGAUAUUAUUCCUCAGCCAGACCCAUCAAGGGAUGAACUGAUGACGUUUGACUCUUUUGAGAAGUCCAUAGAAGAGGUGUUGGAAACAGAUGUGGUUCUUCCAGAGAAAGAAAGCGCUGCACCCGCAUCUUCUCAGGAACACAUUACUAACACAUUUUCACCAGCUCCCCAAUCUCUUGAAGAUGAAUGGAAGAGCAUCUCUGAUCUUACUCUGGCCUGCAACAGUAUUUUGGAAGCCAUGUCUAAAGAAGAACAGGUUCAAGCGAUCAAAAAUGAUCUUGGACCUCCCAGCUCUGUGGCAACCGCAUCUGGAAAUCUCAAUGACAAAGUCACAGAGCUGGAAAUUAAACUGAAAAAAUUGCAGGAAGAACUCAAAAAGGAACAAGAGGGAAGAGCAAAGCUUCAGGCAGAGGUGCUCUGUCUAAAAAGGACUCAAGAAGAAGCAUUUACUGGAACUUUGCCCCGUGAUGGUGGUGCCAAAAUACUCAGGGGUGGAAACAGUGACUAUGAAGGAUAAGCCAAUGACUGUACAAAAACAGCAAAGGACUGAAUAUUUUUUUUCUUAUUAACUUGGGGAAGGGUGAAUCAUAUCAUUAAAGGUCUACAAAAUAAUAUUACGAGAAGCCAAUAUGAAGCCAACAAAAUAUCCAUCAGGAAGUGGAUAGAUUAUUUAUUGUAAGGUAGUGACUGUGCAGGAAGAGUUAUUGCUGAAAUGUAGCAAAAGUGCAUACAAGUCAAACACUGAAUCAUUUAGGCAAAUAUGUGUGGAAGGCUGAAAACCACUAAAGGAGGCAUGUUUUCUGUGAACAAUGCCAAUUUGUUAAGAUGCCUAUGCAAUGGAAUAAAAAUAAUUCAGGAUGUGUAAACUAAAAUUUACCAUGGAAACUAUUAGUGCUCAUCUU